GUAUACGGUAGUGUGUUUGUGUCUGUGUGCGUGUGUGUAGACCGCUACGGCUGCUCAAUAUGGCGUGCCGUUUGUAUCAAAUUUAUUUUGACUGAAAAUGGUUACAAGCGCAUGCGCACCCCACUGCACAUAUGGUAGAGGGGGGCGUAGUAAACAACAAGCCAACUCUGUACUGAAUACUGAAAGGAUUAAUCCUAUAGGAUGGCCUGUGCUCUGCUGUCUGAUAGUAGUGAUAGUGAAGAGUCUGUCUACAAUCAGGAUGAUGAUAAUAGUGUUACUGAGUGGAAAGAAUUAUUUUCAAGGAUUUCCAAGUUUCUAAAGGACUGUGAGCGAAACAAAUCAGAUUUUGUGACUCGUGAGAAGGCUGAAUUUAUUUGUGAACGUCUUGAAAACUUAGUUUUGACUGUAAGACGGGUUUGUGAUCACAUAGUGCAGUCAGACUGCGAAUGUGACGUUUCCUCUUAUCUCAUCGAACGCCUAACUACUCUUGAUAAUCAAGUGUCUACUGUUGAGCUUUGUUACUGGCGAGAACAUCUAGACCUGCUAUUGAAUAAUGCUGAUGGAGGAAGUUUUGCCUCACCUACAGUAAUUAAAUUUCCUAAUAAACCAGGCCGACCUCCAUUUGAUGUUGAUACAGAACAAAUACUGUACCUACGUGAACUAGGUUUUACCUUGUCAGAUAUUGCCAGGAUUUUGGGCAUCAGCAGAAUGACAUUGUAUAGGAGAAGAAAAGAAACUGGAAUCUUAGAAAUCAAUCGAUAUUCUGAUAUAAGUGAAGAAGAACUAGAGCAUCACAUUGUUAAAGUGAAAGAGACUAUGCCUGACAUUGGUGAAAGAAUGACAAUUGGUGCAUUAAGGGCUCGCGGUAUUACUGUGCCACGUCAUCGUGUCCGCAGAGCACUCAAUAAGAUUGACCCAAUAGGUUCUGCUUUGAGAUGGAAAUCGAAGACAAAGCGCCGAAUUUACUCAGUACCAGGACCAAAUUCGCUCUGGCACAUUGAUGGAAACCAUAAGCUCAUUCGAUGGAGGAUGGUGAUUCAUGGAGCGAUUGAUGGUUUCUCAAGACUAGUACUGUACCUUCACUGUUGUAACAACAAUAAAGCUGUAACAGUGCUUAAACUCUUCAAAGAAGCGGUAAAGCAAUAUAGUAUACCGUCUCGUGUCCGUUCAGAUCAGGGAUUAGAAAAUAUUGAAGUUGCUAAGUUCAUGUUGCUUAACCGUGGGUUGGAACGCUCUAGUGUCCUUGUUGGAGCAAGUGUCCAUAAUCAAAGGAUAGAGAGAUUGUGGCGUGAUGUACCGUAUAGCGCGAAAUUUUCGAGGGGCUUAAUUUUCGUGGAUUUCGUGGGUUAGCAAUCCUACACGAAAAUUAAGUCCACGAAAAUCGUUCUUUACCUGCUAUAACGUGCAAGAUCUAAAGGCGUGGCUUCCGGUAAGCAGUCAUUCCGCGAACAUUGUGCAACGAAAUGGCUUUUAGAGGCCAAUCCACGAAAUAUAAGUGCCUCGAAAAUUUCGCGCUAUACGGUAUUCCUAGCAGUAACCCAAUUGUAUCACCGUCUGUUUCACUACAUGGAGCGGUGUGAGCUGUUGAAUCCAUUAAAUGCUGUUCAUCUAUAUGCCUUGCAUUUUGUAUUUAUUCCUCAAAUAAACAAAGCAUUGGAAUCGUUCAUAAAUGGUUGGAAUAACCAUUGCAUUAGUAAAACUGCAGGCUAUACCCCAAUAAAAUUAUUUACCAAAGGAAUGAUACAGCAGCACUUUGCUGACACCAACGUUGUUACAGAUGACUAUGGAGUAGAUGAUGAAGACUCAGAUCUAAUUGUUACUCCAGUACCUGACUCAAUCGGUGUU